UACAAAGUUAAGGAAUAUUAGUGCAAAGUAGAGGACGAAGAGGAUCAUAGAAUUUGUAGCUCGUCAUCCUCCGGACAGCUUUUAGAUCCGUGUCCCCCUAUAGCUGGGGGACCCGAACCAAUUAAUGGCAGCAAAUCAGCUUUCCACCGGCAAUGAGGUUCAGCAAUACUGAUUCGUCCCUUGGCGUCAUUAGCAUAGCGGCGGGGGAGGCGCAGCGGCAGGAAAGUCGUGGUCAGCCGGUGACGUCUCAUAUUGUUUGAGCUAAUCGCUCCAUCAGCCGGGCCGCCGACCAGGCCUUAUAAGCUGAAGGAAUGAUGUCUGGUGCUGCAGUGCCGUACUUGAUAGAGUGAAGGAAAGUACCUGUGUCGCAUCCCUGAGUCUGUGCUUCAUUCAGAGCUGAAACAGUUGGUUAAAGGAUAACACGAGUGAGUUCUCAGCUUCCAUCUAGACAAACCCGGAAGGAUGAGGUCAUCGAGGUGCAGCAGAAGCGUCAAGCCCCUGGCGGGUGAAGGAUCAACGACCUGCCUCGUCCUGUUGGCCUCCCUUCUGCUGGCCCGCUCUGCCGCCGCCCUCGCAGCCGUCGAGGAGGCGCCGGCUGUCCUGCAAGCUGAAGGAACGCGGAGCGGCCCGGCGUGGCUGGAGGCGAGGAGCCCCGCGAGCGAGGUUGCCACGUCCAGGGUGCGCCGCUUCGUGCCCUUUCCGGCCUCCAGCACUCUCGAGGCUACUCUCAAGCUGAUACUGCCCGUGACGGGGAAGAUCGGCCUGAGCACUGUAGUACUAGCAACUGCCUUCGUCUUCAAACUACCCACAGAGUACUUGUCAUUAGGCAGGAGUUACAAGGACACCGCCGCCGACGAAAGAGCCUUCCUGUACACCAGCAUCGAGUCCUUCCUUGAUGGCCUCGGGUAUGACGGGCGCUCCUGUACCCUGAGGACUCUGUGUGAGAUCGCCGAGGCCCCCUUCGAGCACGACCUGUACGGGGAAGUGAUCAACCUCGUCCUCUCCGCCUCCCUCAGCCCCAACAACAGCGUGGAGUACGAUGACUACAUGCUGGCGGAGCACUACGGCCGCAACUACGGGGACUGUGGCGCCAUCUACCACACCUGCCCGACCUCCGUCCUCGACCUCAUCUCGCAGUCCAUCUAACGCCGCCGACCAAGCCGCUAGUCCAAGAAAGCUACAGCGCGGUUCCUCCUUCGGGGCUGUCAUGGUAGGGAUUGUACGUAAAUGUAUUAACAAAGCUUUAGUUUUCUUGUGAUUUAUAUCUACGAUUCAAAUUGUGUCUCUCACCCUUGAUCUUCGUUUUCUUUAAGUUUACCCAUUGUGUUAGCUGUAAAUCUCGCUUGGACUAUUAUGGUAGGGUUUGCAAAUGUUUCAAAGAGGGUAUAAUCUGUCUUAAUCUGUCUUCUCUAUCCUCCUGCAUCUUUCUCCCCGUGUCAAAGAUAACAACCCACGUGUUCAUAAGAGCUAUUGUACAGAUAUUCCUCAAGGACUGUCAGGGCAGGGAUUGUAAGUUGCUAAGUACUAUAUUACUGUCUUAUUUAUUUCCCCGACUAGUACUGUAUCACCGCCUCCGAGCGAGAGCCCAGUGUUCA